AUGCAUUGGCUAUCAAAGGCGGCUGCAAACGGCGACGGACUAGCUGCCUAUAAUCUCGCCGUGGCCUACCUCAAGGGUGAUAUCCAGGGGGCCAAGAAGGAGACUAUUCACACUCUACUCACGCAGGCAGUGAGGGCCGGUGUCCCGGAGGCCGUCGGAUUGCUUCACACCUGUGGCCAAGGGCAGUGUCUCAAAGACCAGGAGGAUGGGUCUCCAUAG